AUGGUGCUGCGGUCUGGUGGCACACGACUGGAUGUCAUUGCAGACCCGAUUAGGUGGAUGUGGGUCGUGGAGAAGUUCCAGAAGCAGCAUAGAAUGCCCCUAGCCGUAAAGUAUAAAUUUCACCGACGAUGUACAAUCGCCAUCGAGCGCUCGGGCUGCGUUUUCAGCCCGUUCCUAGCCAAGCAAAUCCCUCUUACAGAAUACAAUCGUGUCAGCCCAAUACGCUCUCGCCUAUUGUUGGAUCCUUCAUCGUUGUCAUCUUGCGUUCGUACGAAUAAGAUUUUCUCAAUCUCCGAUCUUCCCUCGGGCUAUAUACGGCCUCCAGGUGACUUAUGA